AUGAUCGAGAGGUGUUUAGGAGCUCACCGGUGCCGGAAAAUCCAAAGAGCCUUACGCCAUUUGAAGGUUACGGUUCUCUGCCUCGUUCUUACCAUAGUCGUCCUACGUGGCACAAUCGGCGCCGGCAAAUAUGGAACUCCGGAGCAGGAUCUUGACGAGAUCCGUCAACAUUUCCACUCAUCGCGUAAACGAGCCGAGCCUCAUCGUGUACUCGAGGAAAUACAGACCGGAGGAGAUUCUACUUCCUCCUCCGGCGACGGCGGAGGAAACUCCGGCGGGAGCAAUAACUACGAGACGUUCGACAUCAACAAGAUAUUCGUUGACGAAGGAGAAGAAGAGAAACCCGACCCGAAUAAACCUUACACUCUCGGACCCAAGAUAUCCGAUUGGAACGAGCAGAGAUCCGAUUGGUUAGCUAAGAACCCUAGCUUCCCAAAUUUCAUCGGACCGAACAAGCCACGUGUGCUCUUGGUGACUGGUUCUGCUCCGAAACCGUGCGAGAAUCCUGUCGGAGACCAUUACCUCUUGAAAUCGAUCAAGAACAAGAUCGAUUACUGUAGGUUACACGGGAUCGAGAUCUUCUACAACAUGGCUCUCCUCGACGCGGAGAUGGCUGGAUUCUGGGCGAAGCUUCCGUUGAUCAGGAAGCUUCUGCUAUCUCAUCCUGAGAUUGAGUUUCUAUGGUGGAUGGAUAGUGAUGCUAUGUUUACGGACAUGGCGUUUGAGCUUCCGUGGGAGAGGUAUAAAGAUCACAACCUUGUGAUGCACGGAUGGAACGAGAUGGUUUACGAUCAGAAGAAUUGGAUUGGGUUGAACACUGGGAGUUUCUUGCUUAGGAACAACCAAUGGGCGCUUGAUUUGCUUGACACUUGGGCUCCUAUGGGUCCUAAAGGGAAGAUCCGUGAGGAAGCGGGUAAGGUUUUGACCCGUGAGCUCAAGGAUCGACCCGUUUUCGAAGCUGAUGAUCAGUCUGCUAUGGUUUAUCUCUUGGCUACUCAACGAGAGACUUGGGGAAAUAAGGUGUACCUAGAAAGUGGAUACUAUCUCCAUGGUUACUGGGGAAUUCUAGUGGACCGAUAUGAAGAAAUGAUUGAAAACUAUCACCCCGGUCUAGGCGAUCAUAGGUGGCCGUUGGUGACUCACUUUGUCGGUUGCAAACCGUGUGGGAAGUUUGGAGAUUACCCGGUGGAACGGUGUUUGAAGCAAAUGGACAGAGCGUUUAACUUUGGGGAUAAUCAGAUUCUGCAAAUCUAUGGUUUCACACACAAAUCUUUGGCUAGUCGUAAGGUGAAGAGAGUGAGGAACGAGACUAGCAAUCCUUUGGUGAUGAAAGACGAGCUUGGGUUGCUUCACCCGGCGUUUAAGGCUGUUAAGGUACGACAAACCAAUCAAGUUUGA